AUGACAUACGACUGCGAAACGUGGAUACUAAAGAAAGAGAUAAUAUCGAAACUCAAAGUCAUUUUAAGGUCAAUAGAGCGAUGCAUGCUAGGUAUACAAGGGAGAGAUCGAAAUAUAAUACUAAUGAUCAGACAGAAAACCAAGGUUCCUGAUGUAUUCCACAGAGUAAAAUCUUUAAAAUGGCAGUAGGAAGGACAUUUAGCGAGAAGUACUGACAAUAGGUGAUUUACUAAAAUUACACUGUGGUAUGUAAGUGGCGUCAAGAGACCAAGAAGACGUCCAAAUUUAAUAUGGGGCUAUGAUACAAGGAAACAAGCCGGUAGAACAUAUCACAGAAAAGCGAUAUUGACAUU